CGCGGGCGAACCCAUCUCUCCCUCCUUCUCUCUCUCUAUAAGUACACACUCUCUCCACCAUUCUCUCUCUCAGACUUUGUGUUUGAAAUUUGAGUACACAUUCGAAGUAUUCAGAGAGUUUUCGUCUCGUGUACAGAGAAUUUUUGUAUGUAUUUAUAUUUAUAUAGUCAUACACACGCAAUAACAGCUGAAGAACCAACCCGGUUUCGCCUCACUCCACCACCGCCAAACUGAACCACCAGGUGGCCGGUUUUCCUUAAAAAACCGGGUUUUUUUUCCUGGGUUUUGCUGUUGAACUGUGGGUUGGUGGCGGCGCCGGUGGUGGAGGAGGUGGGUUGUGGUGGUUGAUUGAUAUAAAUGGACGGUGAAUGAUUUGGUGUUGUGGGUAUUUGAUAGAUUUGGAUGAGAAGGUGAAUUUGAUGCUGGUUCAAAUUCUGGGUUCUAUUUUUUGGUUACUGAUCGGUGGUUUCUUCAGGAGAUGAGUAUUGGGAGUUUUAUAUUCUGAGGUUGAUUUUGAUUUGAGUGUGUUCUGAAUCAAAAACCUUGACCAAUCUUGGAGUAUAAUAAAACCCAUCAAAAUUAUCCAUAAAUGGAUUGAAGAAUUUAUCCAUUGGAUGAAAUGUUAAAGACUUUAGCAUAUGGGCUGUUGAUUUCGUCGUUCCUCUUUUCUAUUUCUGCUGCUGAUAAUGGUUUCCCCCGAUGCGAUUGCAACGAGGAAGGGUUUUGGAGCACUGAAAACAUUUUAACAUGUCAAAAAGUGAGUGAUUUCUUGAUUGCAGUGGCCUAUUUCUCUAUCCCAGUUGAGCUUCUUUACUUUGUUAGUUGCUCAAACGUCCCAUUCAAAUGGGUACUCUUUCAAUUCAUUGCGUUCAUUGUUCUCUGUGGGAUGACCCAUUUGCUCAAUGGUUGGGCUUAUGGUCCGCACCCAUUUCAGCUAAUGCUAGCCCUCACCAUUUUCAAAUUCCUCACCGCUCUUGUCUCUUUUGCCACUGCUAUAACACUCAUCACUCUCAUCCCUUUGCUUCUAAAAGUGAAAUUGAGAGAAUUCAUGUUGAGGAAGAAAGCUUGGGAUCUUGGUCGAGAAGUUAGAAUCAUAAAGAAGCAGAAAGAAGCCGGAUGGCAUGUUCGGAUGCUUACCCAAGAGAUCCGCAAGUCACUCGAUCGCCAUACGAUUUUGUACACAACUCUGGUCGAGCUAUCUAAGACACUAGAUUUGCUGAAUUGUGCUGUUUGGAUGCCUAAUGAGAUUAAAACAGAGAUGAACCUGACCCAUGAAUUGAAUAGGAGGAAUGCUUCAAACAUGUAUAAUGUCUCUAUCCCAAUUAGUGACCCCGAUGUUAGAGCGGUCAAAGAGAGUGAAAGAGUGAAGAUACUUGGACCUGACUCGGCACUUGCUUCUGCAAGCCGUGGAGGGUCCGUGGAGCCUGGAGCUGUGGCUGCUAUUAGGAUGCCAAUGUUGAGGGUAUCUAACUUCAAAGGUGGGACUCCUGAGAUGGUUCAGACUUGUUAUGCUAUAUUAGUUUUGGUUCUUCCUGGUGAGCAAGAUAGAUCGUGGAGCAAUCAAGAACUCGAGAUUGUGCAGGUGGUUGCCGAUCAGGUUGCUGUGGCUGUCUCCCACGCUGCAGUACUUGAAGAAUCCCAGCUUAUGAGAGAGCAACUGGUUGAGCAAAAUCGAGCCUUGCAACAGGCAAAACAGGAUAUAAUGAUGGCAAGCCAGGCUAGGAACUCGUUUCAAAAGGUAAUGAGUCAUGGUAUGAGGAGACCUAUGCACUCAAUUUUGGGUUUACUUUUGAUGAUGCAGGACGAGAAUUUGAGUGGCCAGCAACGGAUUCUUGUUGAUGCGAUGGUUAAGACGAGCAAUGUCCUCUCAACCUUGAUAAACGACGUAAUGGACAUGUCAAUUAAAGAUAAUGGAAGGUUCCUAUUAGAAAUGAGGUCUUUUGGGCUACAUUCAAUGAUAAAGGAAGCCGCUUGCCUUGCCAAGUGCUUGUGUGUUUUUAGGGGAUAUGGAUUUGAAAUUGACAUUGAGAAGUCUUUGCCUGAUCAUGUUAUGGGUGAUGAGAGAAGGGUUUUUCAGGUGAUUUUGCAUAUGGUUGGAAAUCUUUUGAAUGGAAACAAUGGAGGUGGUUUUGUAACGUUGCGGGUUUACUCAGAUAAUGGAAGUCAGGCAAGGAAUGAUCAAAGAUGGGCAACAUGGAGAUCGAGCUCCUCUGAUGGCUACGUUCAUGUCAAGUUUGAAAUUGGAAUUAACCAUAAUGCUUCUCAAUCAGAUGGUUCCAUGUCAAGAGCACAGUUUGGCAGUAGGAUGUACAGCAAUGAGAGAGUUGAAGAAGGCUUGAGCUUUAGCGUGUGCAAAAAGCUUGUACAGUUGAUGCAAGGUAACAUCUGGGUAGUCCCAAAUUUGGAUGGUUUUGAUCAAAGCAUGGCACUCAUUAUUCGGUUUCAACUCCAGCAAUCAAUUGUAAUAGGCAUCUCUGAACCGGGAGACUCUUCCAACCACCCACUCUCCAACUCUCUUUUCAGGGGCCUUCAAGUUCUACUAGUCGAUGAUGAUGAUGUGAACAGGGUGGUGACGCGUAAACUGCUUCAGAAACUCGGCUGCACCGUUUCCACCGUUGCAUCUGGAUAUGAAUGCCUUAGUGCCCUUGGCCCAUCUGUGUCUUCCUUCCAAAUUGUACUUUUGGAUCUUCACAUGCCUGACUUGGAUGGGUUUGAAGUUUCCAUGAGAAUUCGAAAAUCUCGAAGCCACAGUUGGCCAUUGAUCAUCGCCUUUACAUCAAGUGCUGAUGAAGAUGUGUGGGAUAGAUGUUUGCAGAAUGGGAUGAAUGGAGUUAUUAGAAAACCGGUUCUUUUGCAGGGAAUCGCGGAUGAAUUUCGAAGAGCCCUGCAAAUGGCACACAAAGUUGUGUGAUGAUGGAAGCGAAGUUACUGCAUUGCGCAGCGGAAAUUCUUGAACGAUUUCAGGGCAUCGAUGGAAUCGACGAGCAAUUCCACAAUGUCAAUGUUGCACAACAUUCAUAGCCAAAAUGGUAUAUACAUAAUUUCAGUUACUUUCUUUCCUUUUUUUGUGUUUAAUGUUUGUUAUCAUUGCAUAGCUAAUCUAAUAGUGUAAUCACUGCUAGUUGAUAUUAUUGUUAACAAAUUUUCCUAAUAGAAAGGGCCAUGAAAUCAAGAACUUCACAAACCUUCAGUAAUUUUUUUAGCGUUAGAGUAGUUAGGAAAGACUGUAAAAUUGGCUUAGUUGAGGCCCAAAAUUCAAAUUUGAGAGUUUGCUUUCAAAGAACAUUUGUAGAGGAAUAGUUUAUAUGUUUUCUGCUGUAAAUUUAGCAUUUUACAAAUUAAUUCAAAUUAAUUCAGGUGUUUCAACUUCAUCUAUUUAGAUGUAGCGGAAGCAAGCACUUGGUA